AAGUAGCAGCAUACAAGAGCAGUUCUGUGCAACAAUCCAUAUAUACCAGUGUAUUUUCAAAGAAGAAGCUGUUUCCAUCUAUUUCACCCAAAACCUGCCAGCACAGCCAGAGCGAGGGGAUUUCAAUAGUUUUGCACCUCUCUCACUUCACAUUCCUUCUGUGAGCACAACAGCCAAAUAAUCUGAUGGCUGAGAUGAAGUGGAUUUCAGAAGCUAAAGGAAACUUAGCAGAAGCUGCAGCAGUGUAGCUUGUGCUGCUUGCAGGCUCUGAGUACAUAGCCCUCAAUCUGCCUCCGUGAUGCAACCUCUCCUCCCCCUGCUGCUCAGGAGCAUUUGCUUGAAGCUAGGAAUUGCACACAGCUGAGCUCAGAAGUUUGGGCAUGUCUCUGAGAAGACUGAGAAGCUGGAGGUUGGAAGCUUCUGCAAACCUGGAAGCUGACACAUAUUCUGGGAGUCUUCUGCAUUCCAAACCUUUUAUCUCUGCUAAGGACAGAGCAGACACAGCUUGAAGACACUGACACCUCUUUUUGGAUUCUACCGCUGUUAACAGAGCCCAGCAGAGCUACUCACAUCCACAGAGGAAAAGAGGAAAGUUUUUUGAAACAGCAAGAUACUUGAAAUCGACACUGGACGAAGGCAGUCUUUCCCCUCCUUCCCCUUUGGGGACUGGCUUUUGGGAGAAAGGAGUUGCCCAACCUGAUCAUGAGACUUUUCCACAUUUCCCAAAGAGAGCUCUUGAAGUUAUAACACUGCACCACAGAGAGCCUAGGAUAGUGUAACCCAGAGCAUCACCCCCAGCAGCACACCCUGAGUGCAAUCAAUCUGGUAGGCACAGGAGAUGGAGAAUGAGGUUGGCAAAUCUGUGGACAAUCAAAUGGACAAAUACAUAGUUACAAUAAUGGGGAAAUCAGAAAGUCAAAUGGAUAUUGUGGAAAAAACAACAAAAUCUGGAAGGCAAUCCUGGAGCUUUGUGGCAAUCGGUCUGGCUGUCUUGCUGCUCAUUAUGACUUGUGCAGCGGUCGCCCUGGUGAUCCUGUAUGCCAGCAGCAGAGACACUCACUAUGUCACCAGUUCAGGCAGCAUAUGCACCACACCUGGAUGUGUUACAGCAGCUGCUAGAAUAAUUCAGAAUAUGGACCCAACAGCUGAACCUUGCAAGGAUUUCUACCAGUAUGCCUGUGGGGGCUGGCUCAACCGGCAUGUUAUCCCAGAAACUAGCUCCAGAUACAGCAUUUUUGACAUCCUGAGAGAUGAGCUGGAGAUCAUCCUGAAAGGUGUGUUGGAGACUUCAGAUCAAGGGGACAGAGAAGCAUUUCAGAAAGCUAAAAUACUUUACAAGUCAUGCAUGAAUGAGAGUCUUAUAGAACAGCGAGAUUCAUUGCCCCUACUAGAGGUCUUAACAAUGGUUGGAGAUUGGCCAGUGGCUUCUGCAGACUGGCAUAACACCAAAGAGCCAAAUUGGAGCAUGGAAGAAAAACUCUCCAUAAUGAACUCCAGAUUUAACAAACGUGUCCUGAUUGACAUGUUUGUAUGGAAUGAUGACCGAGAUUCCAACAGACAUAUCAUUUAUAUUGACCAACCGAGUUUAGGAAUGCCUUCCAGAGACUACUACUUUAAUGGGGGCAACUAUCAAAGGGUCAGAGAAGCUUACCUGCAGUUCAUGAUCACCAUUGCCAAAAUGAUCCGAGAAGACAAGAAUAUGUCUAAAGAUGACUCUUUCGUCCAAGAUGAAAUGGCAAAAGUUAUGCAGCUUGAAACCGAGAUUGCAAAUGCGACUACCCCUGCAGAAGAAAGGCAUGAUGUGACCUUGUUAUACAACAAAAUGACUCUAACAGAGCUACAGGAAAAGUUUGCAUUGAAUGAGUUUAACUGGACCUUCUUCAUCCAAGGUGUCAUGUCUUCAGUAAGUGUUCAGGUCUACCCAGAAGAGGAGGUGGUUGUAUAUGGCAUGCCCUACCUGCAGGAGCUGAAAGCAAUUAUCUCAAAGUAUUCAGCAAGCACCAUCCAGAACUACCUCAUUUGGCGGCUGGUAAUUGAUCGAGUCAGCAGCCUGAGUCAGCGUUUCAAGGAUGCUCGGGCCAGCUACAGGAAGGCACUUUAUGGGACAACACUGGAGGAAGCCCGCUGGAGGGAGUGUGUGAGCUAUGUCAACAACAACAUGGAGAAUGCAGUGGGAGCACUGUAUGUCAGGGAGACGUUUGCUGGUGAGAGUAAGAGGAUGGUCCGAGAUUUAAUAGACAAAAUCCGUGAAGUGUUCAUUGAGACCCUAGAUGAGUUACAGUGGAUGGAUGAAACAUCUAAAGAAAAAGCUCGUGAGAAGGCAAUGGCAAUUAAAGAACAAAUUGGCUAUCCAGAUUAUAUUUUGGAAGAUCACAAUGAAAAAUUAGAUCAGGAAUAUGCUAAUAAGAUGCAUUCAGUGGCACAAGGAAUUCCUCAUUCAACACAGCUUACUAAGCUACUGGGCUAUCUGUUUCUUCAGUUAAACUUCAGUGAGCACAACUACUUUGAAAACAUCCUGGAAAACCUGAGAGCUGGAGCCCAAAAGAGCCUGAAGAAACUUCGAGAGAGAGUUGACCAAGAUAUAUGGAUAAUUGGAGCUGCAGUGGUCAAUGCAUUCUAUUCCCCCAAUCGGAACCAGAUAGUUUUUCCUGCUGGGAUUCUACAGCCUCCCUUCUUCAGCAAACAUCAACCACAAGCACUAAACUUUGGGGGAAUAGGGAUGGUUAUUGGGCAUGAAAUUACUCAUGGCUUUGAUGACAACGGUCGGAAUUUUGAUAAAGAUGGAAAUAUGUUUGACUGGUGGAGCAACUUCUCGGCUAUGCAUUUCAAGGAGCAGUCUCGUUGCAUGGUUUAUCAGUAUGGGAACUACACAUGGGAGCUGGCUGGAGGACAAAAUGUCAGUGGAAUAAGCACAUUAGGAGAAAAUAUUGCAGAUAAUGGAGGAGUCCGACAGGCUUAUAAGGCCUAUUUGAAAUGGCUUGAACGGGAAGGGAUGGAACCAAAGUUACCUGGAUUGAAUCUGUCCCACAAACAGCUUUUCUUCCUCAACUUUGCCCAGGUUUGGUGUGGUUCCUACAGACCAGAAUAUGCUAGCCAGUCAAUAAAGACAGAUGUCCACAGCCCUCUGAAAUACAGGGUGAUGGGAUCUUUGCAGAACUUUGAGGCCUUCUCAGAGGCGUUCCAUUGUAAAAAGGGUACAGCCAUGCAUCCUGCAGAGAAAUGUAGAGUGUGGUAGCCAAAUAGAAAACUGGCAAGAAUGACAGAUAUUCUGGUGAUAAAAUAUGCCAAUGAUGUGCCUGAUGGUCUCCUGUUCAGUCACAGCCAAGGCUAACAGUGCAGCUACUGUAGUGAGAAUCAAAGAAACUACAGCACUGAAGCUCUUACAGUUCUGCUGGGAAGUAUGCAAGUAUCUCAGUGACUGAUGGGCUGUGCUGAAAGCCACAGUAUGCUCCAGAAUAAAUAUGACUGUUUCAAAUGACAUUCUGACUGUUACUAAGUCACCACAUCAGGGUUACAAAGACUAGUUCUUAAAAACAAACAAACAAACCCUAUACAUCUAUUUUUCAGCAAGAAACAAUAAUUUUAAUGUGUCUUUCAGUUACACCUUCUGAGACUCAGCAAACUUGUUUGAGGUGUUUCACCUAACUAUUUUUCAGUUGUCUGGUUCAGUCUCUGGUGCUUUUUCCCAAAUUCAGGCUAGACGUAAUUUAAAUUCUUGUGCUGUCUGUGUAACACUGUCCACUUUCACUUUGAUUACUGCUUUGUUGUAAGAGAGAGCUAUUUGUCUUGAUAUUUUACAAAGUGAGCUGUAUGUUAAAAUACCUGUCGGCUGCUGACUUAACACAAAGCUGCACUCUCCUACUGCACUUGAGUUCUUCUGCUCCAAAGAGCAACUGUAACAUGACCUUGAAGUGAGGUAGAAAGAUCACAUUUUUAAAAGUACAAAUUCUGUUGUUAUGGUUAAAAUUACAGGGUCCCUCCCGUCAGAGAUAUAUUUAAGAUGAUGCUUAUUCUUGUAGAAGUGUAUAAUAUACCUUUUGCCAAAGAGCAAACGUAUCCAUGGAAACAACUACACUAUUUUUAAACCUGUGCCUUUUCAUUUUGCCAUAGGCUAUUUUUCAAUAUUUAUACUUGAAAAUGUAACAAGUAUUAAUUUUUAAUUUAAAAAAAAAAUCACAGUUACCAGUGCAGCAAGCGUUUUACUAUAGAAAACUUUAGGUGGCUUUCUUCAGUAAGUGCUCUAAUAUAAUGAUAUUAUGUUAAACUGCCAGUCCUUAAUAGUGGAUUAAAAAUAUUCUUCUUGCAAAUGCUUUUCUUUCUAGCACACAAAUCACUGGAAAGCAAGAUGAUCACUACUAGUGCUUAGCUUAUGAAGUGCCAAAUCACAUUACUCAAGUGCUUAAAGUUUUUAGUUAGUGCACCACUAGCAAAAUGUGUGAUUAUCUAAACACCAUGGAAGGAAAUGAAGACCAUUUAACGGUAACAGCUUGGCCCACAAGAGAGGAUCCACUGAAGUAUUCUGGCCAUUUGACAAUAAGAACUAGCUAGAUCACUGAAUGAAGUCCUUGUAAUUUUUGCACGAAUGUUAGUUUUACCAGCUAAAGUGAAAUCAAUCUGUAAAUUAAUUACAGCACUUACUGCAGGUGAGAACAUAUAGUUCAUUUACAUUUAAUUUCUAUCUUAGAAGUAAUCUUAGAGGAUUAUUUUCUCAAAGAAUUGGCACUACCUCAGGGAUUAACCUCUCUUCUAUGCCCUUCAAAGUUUGAGUGAUAUAUGGAAGAGAGACUAAGUAGUACAUAGGGUUUAUUUGCAAGUUUAUUGAAUGCUCAUUUAAUAUUUCCCCAAAAGACUCUGAACAGACUGUUCAGCACCCACCAAUAGUGCUAUCUAUGGCAAACAAAUAUUACACAAAGCACAGACAUAAUUUGGCCUUCACCUCAGUUAAUAGUAAUACAAAAACUGCUUCAAACAUAAUUUGUUUCUGUGGUGCACCUCAGAUGACUAUAUACAUGGACCUCCUCAAGGGAAUGCUACCUGAAUUACACUUUUUUUUUUGUUAAUUGCAGCUAGAUCUGUUAACUGAGGAGAAUUGCACUUGACCACAUUAAUUCGAACAAAGAUUCAGAUUCAAGGCCGAUAAGUGGGCAAAAAGGAUUCAGACAGGAAUUGCUGUAAGUGCCUGAUGACAUUAGAAGAACUGAUCUGCACUGGAAACAAAAAAGAAAUGACUAGGGGAGUGCACUAACAAGCUCCAAGAGCCCUCUUUUGAAAAAAAAAAAAAAAUCACAUUUUUCUGCACUAGGAUUAAGCUCACGCUAAGUGACUUUAAAAGCUCUUAAAAGAAACCUGGAGGUAAAAAACCUGGAACGUAGGUGUCCUGCUCAUGCCUCCGUACAGUUUCAAGGGCUUCAUAUGUUAAUCCUUGUGGUUCUACUGAGAUGCAUAAGAUGAUGUUUAUUUCCUGUUGGAUAGUAGGAUAAGGUACUGUGCAUUCCUGGUACUUUCACUCAGUGCUAGAUUAGCUUAGGAUACGAAACCCCCAAAAUUCACAAUAGCUGCACUACUUUUACUACUUGUCAGUUUUGGUUAAGUUCCAGUUCUCUCUAAUGUUGACCACCAAAGUCAUUUGAAGUCAGAUUCCUUAAGGAUGCUAGCAAAACAACAAGAGAUGAAACAGUUUCAUGCAAUAUCAUAGUAAAUCAUCUAUUUAAAGUUUUAGGAAACUGAUACAAGUGAAAAGGCUAGUUUAGGAGAUAACACAGACUCUGUAAAGCAGAAAUGGACAGUACCUAAUUUAGAUAAUAAUCCAGGUUCAAUUCAAACUGUGACUAACCACCAGCUUUUGACUCAGUCCAGAACUAGAACCAUGUAAGUAGAUCACAGAUGUAGCAGUGGAUUGGUAAGAUUCUGAUGUCCUAUAAGGCUUCAUGCCAGUUAUGUUAUUCUCUAUGUACAACCAUUAAAGAG